UCCGUGCACGACUCUACUUCCGUUCUACUUCCGCACCUCGACUGUGUGGGUGAGCACUUCCGGCAAGAUGGCGAUGUUUUACACCAGAUGUCUCCAAGACCUGCCAAAAAUUACUAUAUCAGACGUCCACAGACUCGUCCGAAAUGGAUGCUCUGCCCCCCGGAGUAAACGGGAAAAGGGGUACAAGAUGUACCUUUCAAGUUUUAUUGACAACUAUGAAGAUUACUUUUGAGGACAGCUCACCGAUUCAAAUAGCGGUGGCUGAGUGCUCCUGUGUGGCUGGAACCGCUCUCUGCAACCACAGUGUUGCACUACUGUAUCAGACCACAAAAUACUCUACGCUACAACUAAAAGCAGUACCACCUGUCCUCAGCUGCACAGAAACUGAGCAGCGAUGGCAUAAACCACGAAGAUUGGGUGUGAAACCAGGCAGAGUGGGUAACAUGGUAUUCAUCUCAACCAAACCCAAGUCAAGACAGUACACAGCUGCUGAUGGUGUAAGGAGCAAGCGCUACAAAGCAGUGCGGGGUGACUUGCCAGACCCAGAUUCCCUGAAGGUUGACGAGGCAUACCAGGACUUCGCGGCAGAACUUGCUCCGCUAAUAACUACACUCUCGAUAAGCAGUGAUGUCCCUCUUGUUGAUUCAACCUUUGGGACCGUUCAAGAAGGGAGCCCCAUUUCAUAUCAGCACCCAUUGCCAGUGAGUAGGGUAAUCAUCCACCACCCAGACGCACCCCCUCCACCACCCCUGCCGUUAGAUGGUCACAGGCUGGACCCAACCACAUGUUCCUUUGUGUGCACUCACCAACAACACCUUAAUGUAAUGUCCCUUAACAUUACUUUUGACAUGGCAAGAUCCAUCGAGAUGGCUACGAGAGAACAGAGUGGCAGCGCAGAGUGGAGGUGAAAUGCCCCAACUUGA